GGAAGUAGUUAACACAACGGCCGGAAGUGCAGUGGGCAGACAGGAACAACAAAGAAGAGAAAGUGCCCGGGUUUGUUUUACCACCAGAACACCGAACCAGGAAUAUACCGUGUUGCUCACAGACAAAAUAAUUUGGUUUGCAUGUGAGGGCAAGUGUCUGCAGAGCCAACCAUGGCGAACAAUGCGGAGGACAUCGAGAACAAUAUAGACUCGCAGGAGACCAACGUGACCCCCCAACCCACCCAGCCGCCCCAGGAGGCCGGAGGCGUCAGAGCGCGGUCCAGAGGAGGCGAUGGAGGAGGAGGAGGUGAUGGAGAUGGAGGAGGAGGAGGAGGCGUGGUGGGCGGUAACGGGAGCGGCCCGGAGCAGAACGGACAGCCUCCCGCUCCCCGGCCUCCGCGUGUAGUGGAGAGCGAGGAGGACGAGGAUGAAGAGCUGACCCUGAAGUACGGGGCCAAGCACGUCAUCAUGCUGUUCGUCCCCGUGACGCUCUGCAUGGUGGUCGUUGUGGCGACCAUCAAGUCCGUGAGCUUCUACACCCAGAAUGACGGGCAGAGACUGAUCUACACCCCGUUCCCCGAGGACACAGACACAGUAGGACAAAGAGCCGUCAACUCCAUCCUGAACGCCACCAUCAUGAUCACCGUGAUCAUCGUCAUGACCCUGGUGCUGGUGCUGCUGUACAAGUACCGCUGCUACAAGGUGAUCCAAGGCUGGCUCUUCCUCUCCUCCCUCCUCCUGCUGUUCUUCUUCUCCUACAUCUACCUCAAAGAGGUUUUCAAGACCUACAACGUGGCCAUGGACUACUUCACCCUGGCUGUAAUCAUUUGGAACUUUGGCGUGGUGGGCAUGAUGUGUAUUCACUGGAAAGGACCGCUGCGGCUCCAGCAGGCCUACCUCAUCAUGAUCAGCGCCCUCAUGGCCCUGGUUUUCAUCAAGUACCUGCCUGAGUGGACCGCCUGGCUCAUCUUAGCCGUCAUAUCUGUCUACGAUCUGUUGGCGGUGCUCUGUCCUAAAGGGCCUCUGAGGAUCCUGGUGGAGACGGCUCAGGAGAGGAAUGAACCCAUCUUCCCUGCUCUCAUCUACUCCUCGACCAUGGUGUGGCUCGUCAACAUGGCCGACACAGAAUGGCCCAAGAGAAACUCGACGGAAGCGGCGCCUCCUCCACAAGAGGCUCCAGAAGCCGUGACGUCCCCGGCUCCCUCCGGUCUGCCGCAGGACGACGGAGGCUUCACCUCCAACUGGGUGAACCAGCAGCAGCACCAGCUGGGGCCGAUACAGUCCACCGACGACACCAGGAGGGAGAUCCAGCAGAUGCCCUCCGCUCGACCUCCUGUGGACGAGGACGAUGAAGAGAGGGGCGUGAAGCUGGGCCUCGGGGACUUCAUCUUCUACAGCAUGCUGGUGGGGAAAGCCUCGGCCACAGCCAGCGGCGACUGGAACACCACGCUCGCCUGCUUCGUAGCCAUCCUCAUUGGCCUGUGUCUGACCCUGCUCCUCCUCGCCAUCUUCAAGAAAGCACUCCCCGCUCUACCUAUCUCCAUCUUCUUCGGCCUGGUCUUCUACUUCGCCACAGACAACCUGGUACAGCCCUUCAUGGACAAGCUGGCGCUACACCAGUUCUACAUUUAGCAGGACGCUGCCCUGAUAACUCUCACCCACAUAGCCCUCCGGCCAACAACACGACGACAGCGGUCCCUUCACAGCCGGGGAACAAAGGGCGAUGUAGGGGCCUCUCCCGCCCCCGCAUCCCCUCCUAAGAACUCAUGAUGAUGGGACACAAGUUGUUUUUGUUCUGCCUUUUGUUCUGAAGGGUUUCCCCCCUUCGACAGCAGCUGUUCUUAUAUCUUUUAUUUCUGUUUUAAAACCGAGGAGGGACAUUUUUUCCCGCUCGACUUGGGAGCUCAUCCUCAAAUUGCCGAUCAGCGGCCCGGUCUCAGGCUCAUUCCAAACUACGAAAAGUUAGCAGGAGACUUUUUAUUUAUACAGGCGAGCUUGUCUGCUCCUUCUUUUUCUCAGCAGCGCCCUGCUUCACAUCCACACAUUCAUACCAGGUUCCUCCAGCUGGGGCUUCACAGCAGGUGCCUUGCUCAGGGACACCUCUGCGGUAGCUGUUGAGCAGAGACUGUUUCUUUAAAUCUCCUGAUCUUCAUUUUUACCACCCCCCCCCCUCCACCCCCCAAACUAAAACACCACGAGUCGAAGCCUUCAUCGAUCUAACGGACACUGUAUGAUGAUGAUAUUGAUUAUAGAUUGGUAAAUGUGUAGUUUGAUUGUGUUUGAGCUGUCAGUCACCAGACGUGCUUUUCUCACUGCUGUUAAGAAUAAACUAAGACGUGUUUCUUUCCACUUCACAUGAAAAACCAAAGCUCUGAAGCCGGAGCACAUUUCCACUCCAAAAACGUCUCACGAGCAGAAAAUAGAAGAAUUGGCGGCCUGUGGAGCUAAAUUAUACGAGUUUGAUUGUGACACUGACUCAUCAGAGGUUUCACGGAUUUUCACCCAAAGGCACGCAGCAAGAGAGAAAAGUUCACACACACACACACGCACACACACUGACACACUCACACCUGAGACUUGCCUGCCAUGUCAGUCGUGUACUGUCAGCCACUGAGCAGUUCUGCUGGAGCAGUCGGAGGUUCAGUGCCUUGCUCAAGGGCAGUAGUUGUUGUUGUCGUUGUUAUUGUGAGACAGAAAUGUGCUUUUCAUUCUCUCUCCCCCUCUCCGAGAGUUCAUUGGGUUCGUUUAUUUUUUACAACCUUCUCCUACAGGGAUUGUAACCUGUGAUCAUUCUGGUCACAAACUCUGAACCUUUAGGCUACAGCCGCCCUCAUGACGCUUGCCUGGUGCUGUCUGGAAACUAUGCUACAUCCAACCUGAAAACUAUUUCCACUACACACAAACGUUUUUUCAAGAUAUGCAGAAGAUAAACUUUGUACUUUUUAAAAAAACAUGCUGAUUAAACGUCGACGGGUUUCUACAAAGGAUCAGAUAAAAACUGAGACAGACAGCGAGUCCUGAUUGAAGUAGCUGUAGCUGAAUUUCUAAUUUGUGACGUUUUGGGGAAAACAGAUGAAGCAUCGUUUGCUUUAAUGAAUUUAAGUCAUGUUAAAAACGAACCAAAAAGCUUCACUAAAGUUUAAAAAGAAGAAUGAUGUAGUGACUUGAUGAGAUGUGGCUUCUUCUUUGAAGAUUGUCAGAGGAGGAGGAGGAGCUGCACUGAUUGCUCUUUGUCGUAGUUGCGCUCUCGUGCUCGCAGAAGAGAGACAAAGUGGGAACAGUACGAAGACUUUUUGUUCUGAGUCCGUUUUUUCCUCCCUUUUUUCAGUUUUGGGGAAUUCGUUGGGUGACUGGCUUUUUUUUCUGUCCUUCACAUGCAUUCGUGUGUUUAUGCAAAGUUAUUCAAUUCAGAUUUUGUUUUUUAAUAAAUAAUGAAACUCAAAA